CUCAUGUCUUCCCUGAGCUGAGCGCACGCUGGAUCCAUUUGGUAACAGCACAUACUUUGCAUGUGCAUACCAGUAUUCAGUUAGAGGUGGAUUUGCAUACAGGGCCAAGUCUGAAGUAGGUAACGGGCUUGUGUUCAUUGUUCUCUCGGAGAAAGCAAUAUCAUGGAUGACGUAUGUGCAGAGCCAAGGCUGCUGCCGUUCCAGCUUUUAAAAGAAAUCACAAAUGAUUUCUCUACGGACAUGAAAGUUGGCGAGGGAUCAUUCGGAGAAGUUUAUAAGGGAGAGCAGAAAAAUGGGCAAAUGAUUGCUGUGAAGGUACUUCAUCCCAUUUCACGACUUGGUAAUAAAGAAUUUGAGAAGGAGUACCAGAACCUCGCAACUGUACAACAUAAAAACAUUGUGCGGUUAGUUGGCUAUAGCCAUGAAACUUUUGGAGAAUUCAGACAUUUUGAAGGAAGAUCGCUUUUUAUAGAAACGAUAAAGAGAGCCCUUUGCUUCAAGUAUAUGGAACAUGGAAGCCUUGACAGGUUUCUUGCUGAUGAAUCUAGUGGACAUGAUUGGCGCACACGCUUUGCAAUAAUUAAGGGGAUUUGCCAGGGUUUAAAACACCUUCAGGAGGAAUUGAAUCCUCCUAUGUAUCAUUUGGAUUUAAAACCAGCCAAUAUAUUGCUGGAUGAAAAUAUGGUGCCCAAAAUCGCAGAUUUUGGCUUGUCAAGGCUCUUUGGAGGAGAACAAACACAAAUGACAAACACUCGUAUAGGAACAAUUGGUUUCAUACCACCGGAAUUUAUUGACGCGGGUGUAAUUUCUAUUAAGUUUGAUAUAUAUAGUUUGGGGAUGGUAAUUAUAAAGAUAAUGACAGGACCAGAUGGGUACUUUCGAAGUGCUGAAAUGUCUCCACAACAAUUCGUAGAGCUUGAACAUGUGAAAUGGAAGAAUAAGCUACAAACAACAUCGGUUUACAUGUUGGAGCUAUAUUGUAAACAAGUAAAGAGUUGCCUCGAAAUAGCUGUAAGCUGUGUGGAUGUAGAUCGACACAAGAGGCCUAGCAUAGGGGUAGUCAUUGCUAGGCUGAAUGAGACGGAGACUGCAGUGAAAUUACUUGGUGCGCUGAUGAACGACAGAGGGUCAUCGAUGUACAAGGCUAUCAACUUUCCAAGAAAGCAGGCCAAGAAAAAAUAUGCAAGCUCAGGUAAUUAGUUACAAUUACCGAACUUACUUCUAUGGGACCUCAACAAAAUGAUUUUGAUACAUUGAUCAUUGAUGUCGCCCGGAAUCAAUUAGAGGUGCCUUUUACCGUAUACUUUAUCCACACAAUUAAACUAGGAAAGAGGAAUUGUAAAAAACGGAAGCAAAAAUAAAAUAAAAGCGACUAGAGUGCACAACUUAUAUGUAGUACAUUACAGAUCACACAACUCAUUGGGCUUAGACUAUAGUCAUAUACAUACCUGCACAUAGAAGAUCAACUUAAACUGCAAGACGCUUGGUAGAACCCUGAUUUGAUUAACUCAAUUAAGCUAGCGUUCAUUGAAUCGGUUAACAUAUCUAAAGAAUGGCUUGCCAAUAAUUUACGAGGAAAU